CAAAAAUGAUGGACCGUAAGUGGAGGAUUAGUUGUCUGAAGACCGUUGACGAAAAAAGGCGGACCUUUUCCACGCGCUCACCACACAACACUUUCAUAAAAUCAAUUCAUCGAUCCAUCGUCUCUAUCAGAUCAAUUCAUCGAUUGCGAUCGCUCUUUCAAUUUUCUUCAUCACCGGUGAAAAUAAUCGAAACCCAGCACGAGAAAAAUGCAUGAUUUUUGCUUCACUAUCCCGUACGGGAUGCUUCUCAUCGGCGGAGGAUUUAUCGGGUACAUGAAGAAAGGAAGUAUAACAUCUUUCGCCGGAGGUGCAGGCACUGGAUUAUUACUCAUUCUCGCUGGUUAUAUCAGUCUCAAAGCUUUUGAGAAGAAGAAGAAUUCCACUAUUGCUAUGGUUCUUCAGACAGUCAUCGCAGCUGCUCUCACACUAGUCAUGGGACAGCGUUACUUGCUGACUGGAAAGAUUAUGCCGGCUGGUUUGGUUGCUGGGAUCAGUGCUCUCAUGACCUGUUUUUACGUAUACAAGAUCGCUACUGGUGGCAAUAAAUUUCCAGCAAAAGCUGAAUGAUGGUUCUGCUACAUGCAGAUGAUACUAUCCGUUGUUGAAUUUGUCGAUUAGAAUUCUUUUUGGUGUACACAAUGCGGUUGUCAUAACGCCUUAAUAGCUUGUAUUAGUCAAAGAACUGCAUAUGGUCUUGUGUUUUCUUGUCAUCGUGUUUUUGUAACCACAAACUGUUUUGAGCUAUACUACUAUAUAUAUUGAGAUAUAUCUGCCGUUUCGAUACACACUUGGGAUCUGGGGAUGAGCACAUCGUAAAACAAAAUAGAAGUUGAUCCUCAAAACUUCUUUGUAACCUUGUGUCAUCACAACAAAAAAUCUUCAAUGUGUUUGUUCUCUCCUUAAAGUAUAUCUUGAUUCAUGCAGUAACAAAGGCAAAACUCUUUUGCAAGAGUAUAGAAACCAGACUCAAG